UUCAUAGUGGACUCGAAGUUUGGCACUUUGGACAAAAACAGCGGAGCCGACGCUCCAACACCCAGCGGACUUGCUUUGCCGGGUUGCCCCGCAGGUGCCGUGGAGUCCCGGGCAACGACACGCAGCAGAAGCCGUUCCCAGAAGCCGUUCUCUCCAGGGUGCGUGCCGUGAUUCACCGUCACGCGCCGUCCGCUGAGGCUGCGGGGCUGCAGCUCGCCUCCACUUCUCCGGGGGUGUCCGUGCUCACUUCCUUCCUUCCUAGCGGUCGCGUCCUUGCCUCCUCUCCCCCUCCCGCUCCUCUCCCCCUCCCGCUCCUCUCCUCCCACCGUCUCCCCUCCAGCCGGUGGUAUCGUCCGACGCUGGAGGAGCGACACGGCGCAUUUAUCGGCGGCAGGUCUCGCGGAGAGGAGCGCGCGCAGAGGCGGAGGCACCACAGUAGAGCCCGUCUCUAUUCCGUCUCUACUGCUCAGAGUGCGAGACGUAUUCGCUCCUCGUAUUUACCCGACACUGUCAUCAACUUGGGGAAUACACACAUCUUCGAAGCUGCAUCCCAGAGGCCCACCUUGGCAGUUAGAGGAGAGGUCAUCACCAUGAGAGCGUCCUCACAGGCCGCCACCGGCCUCCUCCUGCUCUUCCUCCUCCUCCCGAUGGUUGCCACCCAGAACUCUGGCGUCCCAUCCACCCCGACCCCGAUGUUUGACCCGCUGACCCAAGCAGAGUGCACAAAAAAAGAACAUCCAAAGGUUUCCAUCCAAGAACUCAGUCCGUGGAUUUCCACGUUCUCCCACCCCGGUGUUAGAGACUACUCCCAGCUGACCCUCGACCUGAGCAGGAACGAGCUUAUUGUGGGUGCCAGGAACUACCUGUUCAGACUGGACCUCAGUAACAUGUCGCUGAUACAGGCAACCGAAUGGGCGCCCGACGAGGAGACCAAGAAGUCCUGUCAGAGCAAAGGCAAAACAGAGGUUGAGUGUCAGAACUACAUACGAGUCCUGCUGGUGAACAAGACCGAGGUCAUGACCUGUGGAACCAACGCCUUCCAGCCUCUGUGCAUCACUCGAGAGGUGGGCAACAUGAGCAGCACGCUGGAGCGGGUCAACGGCGUGGCGCGCUGCCCCUACGACCCGCGCCACAACUCCACGGCGGUGGUGACGGAGAGCGGGGAGCUGUACGCCGCCACCGUCAUCGACUUCUCCGGCCGCGACCCCGUCAUCUACCGCAGCCUGGGGGGCAUGCCGCCGCUGCGCACCGCCCAGUACAACUCCAAGUGGCUCAACGAGCCGCACUUCAUCUCAGCCUACGACAUCGGCCUCUUCACCUUCUUCUUCCUGAGGGAGAACGCCGUGGAGCACGACUGCGGGAAGACGGUGUACUCCCGCGUGGCGCGCGUCUGCAAGAACGACAUCGGCGGCCGCUUCCUGCUGGAGGACACCUGGACCACGUUCAUGAAGGCCAGGCUCAACUGCUCGCGCUCCGGGGAGAUCCCCUUCUACUACAACGAGCUGCAGAGCACCUUCUACCUGCCGGAGCAGGACCUCAUCUACGGCAUCUUCACAACCAACGUCAACAGCAUCGCGGCCUCCGCUGUGUGCGCCUUCAACCUCAGCGCCAUCACACAGGCCUUCAACGGACCCUUCCGCUCCCAGGAGAACCCUCGCUCCACCUGGCUGCCCACGCCCAACCCCAUCCACAACUUCCAGUGCGGCACCAUAAACGAGCAGGGCCCCAACGAGGGCCUGACGGAGCGCAGCCUGCAGGACGCGCAGCGCCUCUACCUGAUGAACGACGUGGUCCAGCCCGAGUCCGUGGACCCGCUGGUCAUGCAGGACGACGUCCGCUUCUCCAACCUGGUGGUGGACAUCGUUCAGGGCAUGGACACCCUGUACCACGUCAUGUACAUCAGCACAGAGUACGGCACCAUCCUGAAGGCGCUGGCGACGCCCAACAAGAACCUCCAGGGCUGUUACCUGGAGGAGAUGGACCUCCUCCCAGCAGGGGUCCGCGAGCCCGUCCUCAGCCUGCAGAUCCUGCACAGCGACCGCUCCCUCUUCGUUGGGCUCCACGACCGCGUGCUGAAGAUCCCGCUGGAGCGGUGCUCCACCUACAGAACCGAGACGCUGUGCUUGGAAGCCAGGGAUCCCUACUGUGGCUGGGACUUCAGGCAGCGGAGAUGCACCACGCUGGAGGAGAGCUCCAACAUGAGCCAGUGGAAGCAGAACAUCACAGUUUGCCCGCUGCGGAACCAGACCACCAACGGUGGAUUCGGCCCGUGGGCGCCGUGGCAACCCUGCAGCAAUGACGACGGCGUGGAUGGCGUGAGCUCCUGUUUGUGCCGCUCCAGGUCAUGUGACAGCCCUGCUCCCCGAUGUGGAGGCAGGAGCUGCGAGGGCCCCACCAUCGAGGUCGCCAACUGCUCCAGGAACGGAGGCUGGACGCCCUGGUCGUCAUGGGGACAGUGCAGCACGACCUGUGGGACGGGCUUCGAGCUGCGCCAGCGCUCCUGCAACAACCCUUCGCCUCGACACGGCGGCCGAGUGUGCGUGGGCCUGAGCAGGGACGAGAGGUUCUGCAACGAAGGGGUGCCCUGUCCUCAGCCCAUCUUCUGGUCCCCGUGGGGCUCCUGGACCAAGUGCAGCACAGAGUGCGGGGGCGGCGUCCACUCCAGGGUCCGCACCUGUGAAAACGGCAACAGCUGUCCAGGAUGUGCACUGGAGUAUAAGGCGUGCAACCUGGAGGCCUGUCCCGAGGUGAAGAGGAACACGCCUUGGACUCCCUGGAUGCCGGUGAACAUCACUCAGGGCGGCGCUCGCCAGGAGCAGAGGAUGCGCUACAUGUGCCGGGCCCAUCUGGCCGACCCCCACGAGCUGCAGAUCGGCCGCAGGAAGGUGGAAACACGCUUCUGUCCCAACGACGGCACAGCGGCGUGCGAGACCGACACCCUCGUUGAGGAGCUCCUGAAGACACCGGUGGUCAGAGUCGCCGGCGCAGGCUGGUCGUCUUGGGAGACCUGGUCGAGCUGUUCCCAGAGCUGCGCCAAAGGCUACCGCACCCGGCGUCGGACCUGCUCCGGCCCAGAGGGGAAGAGCGCUCCGGUCGCGUGCCGCGGUUCGCCCGUUGAGUACCAGGACUGCAACGUUCAGGCGUGUCCCGUGAAUGGGGCCUGGUCCUGCUGGUCGUCCUGGUCCCAGUGCUCGGUGGGUUGUGGUGGAGGUCACUACCAACGCACACGCUCCUGUAACAGCCCUGCGCCAACCAGUGGGGGGGACAUCUGCAUAGGCCUGCACACGGAGGAGGCCCUGUGUAACACACACACAUGCGAUGAUGCUUGUGCUGCGAUAAAGGAGCAGAUGGUGGCGACUGAGCGGCCCGUCAGUGAGCAGCAGACUGAUAGGAAAGGCGGCUGGAUGGCCUGGUCGCUGUGGUCGGCCUGCGAUGAUUCGGGUCUGCAGAUGAGGAGUCGAGCGUGCGGCGCCCAGGGCAACGUUCCCUGCGUGGGGAACGGCACGCAGCGCAGGGACUGCAACGAAAUACCUGUCAUUCUCCCUGCAUCUGGUUAUGAUAAGGACCAACACUGUGGAGCAUUCACCUCCAUCCACCUCAUUGCCACCGGGGUUUCCUGCUUCCUCGGGGCCGGCUUGCUGUCCUUCCUGAUCUACGUGUACUGUCAACGCUUCCACAAGCCUUCGCAGGAGUCCGCCGUCAUUCACCCCACCACCCCCAACCACCUCAACUACAAGGGCAACACCACACCAAAGAACGAGAAGUACACGCCGAUGGAGUUCAAGACACUAAACAAGAACAACCUGCUGCCAGAUGAACGAUCCAACUUCUACCCGACGCCGCUCCAGCAAACCAACGUCUACACCACCACCUACUACCCCACGGCACUCAGCAAAUACGACUACCAGCCCAACUCGUCCCCGUCGCCAUGCAGGACCUACAACAACAGCAACAACAGCUGAGAUCUGCCCACAGCCAGCUCCUCCACCCCCGACGGCACCCUGAGGCCAUGUGACAUAACGAGACGUUUCAGCUCCACCCGGUUCUGCCGUUUCCCAUGGCGCGUCUCCUCCCCCCGUAGUCUCUUCCGCAUGUUAGGGUUUGUGUUAUCGUUAGCAUUUCUGGAGGUUUCCAUCAGGAGGUGUGGGAUUGGACAACAAUGCCCAAAUCCUGAUGCAGCCGUGCACUUAUGCAACUGGCUUUGGGGCUGUGUUAUUGUAAGGGCCUGACUGGCUCCAGCAGUGUCAACUGGGACAUGUAACAUCACGGGGACCCAGUGGGAAAACCAGCAGCGAGAGUCGAGACAAUGAGACUGAAACAGCUGCUGCAUCCACAGGAUCCAAGGAUGAAGGAUGAAAAAAUAAAAGCUUCUCUGGGUCCAGGCCACUGUUUCAUGACUCUCAAUAACCAAGCGCAUUCUCAGCCUGUGAUGAACUUUGUGUCCCUUCAAUGGAAAAGGAGGGAGCGGCAAACGUCCACGCCACACGUGGAGCGAGGGCGCCAACAACGGCUACUCAGCAAAUACAGGACAGGUCAAUACCAGCCUGAUUUCCAUUUCACCCGACAGAAAACAGGUGGUUUUGUUCCUGGAUAGUUUGGAAGAACAACAAUCAGCCUGCGUCUUAGCAGGUGGUGAACUGUACAUAAAGCUUUGGGAACGCCUUGGGUGCCUGAACGCAGCAGAGGGCGGAGGUAACGGUUGGUUCCUUCUACUUUAUUUUCCCAACGUGGACAAUAGUGGCUUCUGAAAAGGAAGGGAUUGAUUCUCCAAUCGAUCAAAUAGAUGCACAUAUUCUACUUUGCCCGUUGGUCAUAUCAAAUAUGGCCAGUGUGCUGAAGAUCUGGAGCGUUUUUUAUGAUGCUAGAAUAAGCUAUUAGACUGGCACUUGUUUUUUUUUUUAAUGUUUUUUUUUUUUUUAAGGUAAUUGUUUUAUGCUUUGACGAGCUGUAGCAUAGGAGGAAAUAUUUUGUUGAGAUAUAGCUGAUUAAUUCUUGGUUCUCUAAUUUCAUUUCAGUGAAAAAACAUUCCUGGGUUUUCUUCAUUUCCAGCAGUUUGGUAAUAAUUUCAUCUUCAAUACAAAACGCUUUACACAGAAACAUUAGAUGUUUUUUUUUUGUUUUUUUUUACAGAGAAUGAUUGUAACAACAUUAAAUUGGCCGCGCUUGAAAAGAAACAAACACGUAAAUUAUGCUUUGGAGUCUGUGUGAAAAAAUGAAGUGUGUGAGUGAGUGUGUGAAUGAUCAAAGGGGAGAUUCUGGUUUUGUACAGUGUAAAUGCUUUCAUACAAACAGCUGAGGGUCCAUGUGCAUCGUUUCCAUUCUGUUGCUAAUUCUCCAGACACCGUUUGUUUCUAUAUUCGAUGUGCGGGGUGUGAAUCACCAUAGGUUAAAACACUGCACCUCAUGUUCCUGCAGAGGUGGAACGGACACUAUUUAUAGUCGAAGCUUGGUUUAUAAAAGGGCAUUUUCACAGCUAUAUUUUAUUAUUAUUGCCUGAUUGAUGAAUGCUAACCCAGCAAUGCUUUUCAGUUCAGCUACUGUACAUGCAUGACAUGAGAGCUCUAUCUGUAUAUAAGAGUGACAACCUUCUGCAGCCCAUUAAAUGACCCUAAAGGGGUUCGUGUAAAUGCAUCUGUAUAUUGUAUAGCUAACACACUUUGUUUAAAAACAGCCUUAUAGUUGUUGUAAAAGAAAAAAAACAAGUACAGCAGCUAUGUACACACCAACCUUGAGGUUUGUUUGGGGACAGAACUCCACAAUGCAACCGGCCGCGUGGCUUAUGGCCUUUCCCAGCUGCCCAAACAACCAAUUUCCAUAGACGCAUGAACCCAGAUGGAAAACAACAUCGCUGCUUCUCCUAAACAGCAGAUGGUCACAUGAGAGAUGCUCUUUGGAUGUGAACUAGGACCGGAUGGUCAGCUGAGAGUUCUGUCCCCUUCCAUGUGAGGCUCUGUGCCCUUCUAUGCAACUUACCAGGUGUACUGUUAGACCUGUCAUGUAGACUGUAAUCACUGCCUUUUAGACACUGUGAAUUUUUGGUACCCUAUAUUUUUGUAUAUUGUACAUUAUAAGGAUAAUAAAACCUUGAUGCCAACAACA